UAAUUUGCAGCUUCGUUUCUCUUCGUGAUUUUGCUAGCGCUGACUGAACAUCGUGCUUUAGCUCGGAUCGGUAUUUUCCUGUAAAAUAUUCACGUAAAACUCCCUGAAAUGGCUUUCGGAGACGUCAAGACCCCCAAGGGACUGCAGGAGCUGAACAACUUCCUGGCCGAUCACAGCUACGUCGAGGGCUACGUCCCAUCGAAGGCCGACUUGUCGGUGUUCGAUGCCCUGGGCAAAGCACCGGCCGGAGAUAAUGUCCAUGUUCAGCGCUGGUACCGUCACAUCGCUUCCUUCAGCAGCCAGGAACGUGCUGCCUGGGGAGGACAGGCUUUGCCACAGCUGGCCGGCGGUAAACCUACCGUUGCUGCCCCUGCCAAACCGGCUGCCGAUGAUGAUGACGAUGAUGUCGAUCUGUUCGGAUCGGAAGAUGAGGAAGAGAGCGCGGAAGCCGCCAAGCUGAAGGAGGAGCGUCUGGCCGCCUACAACGCCAAGAAAUCGAAGAAACCCGCCCUGAUUGCCAAGAGUUCCAUCAUUCUGGAUGUCAAGCCGUGGGAUGAUGAGACCGAUAUGAAGGAAAUGGAGACCAGUGUUCGCAGCAUCGAGAUGGACGGACUGCUUUGGGGUGCUGCCAAGCUGGUCCCGGUCGGUUACGGUAUCAAAAAACUGCAGAUCUGCUGUGUUAUCGAGGAUGACAAGGUUUCUGUUGACGAGCUGCAGGAGAAGAUUCAGGACUUCGAGGACUUUGUCCAGUCGGUUGACAUUGCUGCUUUCAAUAAGAUCUAAGCGGUUCUUCGUUUUUAUAUCAUUCUGAAAUUUGAGUCUGAUCCAAUAAAGUUUCUUUCAAUACAA